AGCCGAAUGCGUCAACCACACGGCAGCCAGCUAUAGGGGCAUCUCACCAGCGCUAACCCCGACGUGUUCCCGGGGCCUAAAGCAACAGGAUUCAGUCCGAGGAGAGGAGGACAGGAGGCAGUGUGAAAGAUAAAGCCAUGGGGUUCAAACGCCUUGCUGUAGUGCUUUCUGUCACCAUGAUCCACCUAGUUUCAGGUAUGAGCUUUGUGACUCCUGAGCCUGAUACACCGCCGACAUCAACCCCAGACUCUUACCCACUGGGUGAUCUGAUCCACGCUGCCCUGCAGAGCAAAGAAUACUUAGGAGACGCUCCGGCAAGCACAGGUACCACCACCAACCCGACCCAGGCUGUUCCUGGGCUCGGGCAGACCGACUCGACAGCAACCGUCAUGUCACCGGGGCUCCUCACAACAGCUUUGAGCUCCUCUUCUGCUGCCAGCCGGAAAGGAUCCAGAAACGCCAUGUCCUCGCUGCCCGUAGAGGAGGAGACAACCACCACCCUGAUUACCACGACCACCAUAACCACAAUGCACAUGCCAGUACAAUGCAAUGCAACUUUGUCAGCAAUGGAGGAUGUUGUCGAGUCACCAGAUCCUGCAACCGUAUCCUCAUCCUUCUCCCCUCUGGAAUGCACCUACAGCAUUACUGUGUACGCAGGUUAUGGUGUGGAAAUUCAGGUGAGGAAGGUAAACCUUUCUAAGAAAGAGUCUCUGACAAUCAUGGGGCACGGAGGCUCGGCACCGGAGCUCUUAGCCAAUGAGACCCUGAUGAGAGAGGGUCAGGUGAUUCGCAGUACGACCAAUCAGGUGUACAUUCACUAUCGCAGUCUCCAACCGAGCAACCACGGCGUGUUCAGCCUCCACUACCAAGCCUUUCUGCUGUCUUGCCCGUUUCCCCUGUCCCCCGUGGGCGGCGGGGUGACGGUGACAGACAUCCAUCCCGGAGGUCAGGCACACUUCCACUGCGACCCGGGCUUCCAGGUCCGCGGCCACGAGGUGGCUACUUGUGUCAACACAACGCAACCCCACUGGAGCACUGCGGAGCCACAAUGCGUCGCUGUGUCCUGCGGAGGAUGGGUCCGUAAUGCAACAGUUGGCCGGAUACUGUCUCCUCCGCCUCCUUCUGUCGGCAACCACAGCAAUGGAAAUAACCUGAGCUGCCACUGGUUAAUAGAAGCCAAGGAGGGACACAGACUCCACCUACACUUUGAGAGGAUUGCACUGGAUGAGGAUGAUGACAAGUUGAUUGUGCGCAGUGGAAACAGUUCCCUGUCCCAGCCGCUCUUUGACUCGGACCUGGACGACGUCCCUGAACGCGGGCUGCUGAGCGAAAGCUCAACGCUGUACUUGGAGCUCACGGCCGAUUCUUCCUCCAUCCCUCUGCUUCUGGCGCUGCGAUACGAGGCUUUUGAUGAUGAACACUGCUGGGAGCCCUUCAUCCCUCAUGGGAAUUUCAGCAGCAGCGACAUCACGUAUCAGCUGGGAACCACGGUUGCCUUCACCUGCUCUCCCGGCUUUGUCAUGGAGCAAGGCUCCGGGACGAUUGAGUGUGUCGACCCCAGCAACCCUCACUGGAAUGACAGCGAGCCCGUGUGCAGAGCUCUGUGUGGAGGAGAGUUGACUGAGCCAUCGGGGACCAUCCUGUCUCCUGAUUGGCCCCAGAGCUACUCCAAGGGGCUGGACUGUGUGUGGCAGAUCCAUGGCAACGAAGAGAAACGCAUCGAGCUGGACGUCCAGAUUUUAAACAUCCGCCACACUGACGUGCUGACGGUUUUCGACGGGCGCGACCUCAUGUCCCAUGUGAUCGCACAAUACAUGGGAUCCAGAGAGCGUUUCCAGGUCGUGUCCGGCGGGUCCGAAGUCACCAUUCAGUUUCAGAGCGAUCCGGAUGAUUCCAGCUUCAUCCUGAGUCAGGGAUUCCUCAUUCAUUACCGAGAGGUCGAGCCAAACGACACCUGCCCGACUCUCCCUCAAAUCGACUUCGGCUGGAUCAGCUCGUCCCACUCGUCCCCCGUGAGGGGCAGUGUGCUGACCUAUCAGUGCCAACCAGGAUAUGACAUCAGUGGCUCCGACAUCAUCACCUGCCAGUGGGACCUCUCCUGGAGCAGCAGCCCACCCACGUGUGUCAAAGUCCAGCAGUGUCCCGACCCAGGAGAGGUGGUCAACGGAGCGCGCUCUGUGCGCCCCGAGACGGGUUUUGCAGUCGGAACGGUCGUGCGUUUCUCUUGUAACCAGGGUUACCAACUGGAGGGUCCCAGCCAAAUCUCCUGCCACGGGCGGGACACCGGCACCCCCAAAUGGAGCGACCGCGGCCCAAAGUGUGUCUUGAAAUACGACCCGUGCCCAAACCCCGGUGUCCCCGACAACGGUUACCAAACGUUGUACAAGCACAGCUAUCAGGCCGGAGAAACUCUGCGUUUCUUCUGUUACGAGGGCUACGAACUUAUCGGCGAGGUCAUUAUCAGCUGCGUGCCCGGCCAUCCCUCUCAGUGGAACAGCCCUCCGCCCUUCUGCAAAGUGGCAUAUGAUGAUCUUUUGGAUGAUCACAAAUUACAAGUGUCAGUGCCAUUUGAGCCGUCCCAUCAGAUCCUGAGUGAGAACAUUGCUUUAGCAAUAAUUCUGCCAAUCAUCCUGGUGAUCCUCUUGAUUGGAGGGAUUUACAUGUACUAUACAAACAUAUGCAGACUAGAAUGGAAGCCCCUCUUCUGGAAGUCUCUGUCCCACACACACUCCUACAGUCCCAUUACAGUCGAGUCUGACUUCAACAACCCUCUUUAUGAGGCAGGGCAGGAUACACGGGAGUAUGAAGUAUCCAUUUAAAGGAGACAAUGUAUUGGUAAGAUUUGAAAACCAGAGAAAGAUUGAAUUCUUUACGAAGACAAAUUCCUUAGAAACAUAAGGCCUCGCUCCCCUUUUAUCAUUCAUUUUGGUUGAUAUAACGAUCACUGUACCUCUGGUUUAUUAAAUUGUAGUGUUUUAUUUUGAUUUGAGUCACUUAUUCACUGGUCUGCCAAACGUGGGUCCUUCUUCACGGUCAAACUGUAUCGCUAGGACUGGUGCCUUAUGAAGGGUAGGGAAUUGAUAACAAAGAACAACCAACAUUCUGGGAGGACUAAGGUGAAAAAAGGUGAAGGAAAAUGUAUUUAUUUAUUUUUUGAAUUAAAUUAUUAUGGAGCCGAAAUGUUAGAGAACUUGGCAAUACUUUAUUUGUAACUAUCAAAAGUUACAGUUAUGAGCAUUCAGUUCUCACUGAAUGUUUUUUUAAUUAUUCGUAGUGGCUCGUGUUACAUUUCACAAUGUGUUACAGUAGAAGGGGAAGAAUUAUUCAAAAUUUCCAAAAUGAGAAGGAGUGUCAAAUCAACACCAUUGUUUAUUCUCUUCCUCACUUGGUUUCUCUCUCUUUGUGAAACACACACACACACACACACACACACACACACACACACACACAAAUUGAAUGUAAAUACUUGACUUAAUAAUGCCUGAGGUUGGUAUAUAUACAAAAUUAUAUAUAAAAGCCUCAUAUGCAGUAUACAAUUAUACAUGGUGGUGGGAGGUUAUAUAUUUUCAUUAUUUAUGUAAUGAAAAUUCAGUGCCAAAAUAUAAUGUUAAAUAAUUUAAUGUCCCUUCGUGUUUCAUCUGUUGUUGCAAAACUGUUUACAAAGGCAGUUUAUUUUAUUCUUCGCUGUAUCAGGAGUGCAUUGUCACCCAGUGUCACAUGACAUAGAGUAUAAGCAAAAGGGGAGGACAUGAAUGUCAUAAUGCUUAGAGCAUGCACUGAUUGUAAAUUAUAUUGCUUCUGCUCAAUCUUGCCAUUAUCAUUAUAGUUAUUGACAGUUGUCACUGUUAUCAGAUUUGAUGUUGUAUGCACUAUGUUGAUGAAAAAUUACAAACUUGGCUGCUUGCUGUGAUGCAUUAUGUAUUUAUUUAAAACUGAUUGUUUCAACAGUGAAUGUAGUCUCAUUCUCUGAGCCAAAUGAAGGAUCCUAGAGACUGUUGCUUUGUAAAAUUAAUUAUUCUCUUAUCAUCAGUAGCAUUUCUUUGCAUAAUGUAUAUGAAUACACUCUUUUGAAGACAGUUAAUCAUUUGCUGAAUUGGAAAUAAAAUUUCUGUUGAGUGGUGUAAAACUUGUAGAAAUUAGCAGUAUUUAUUUAUAAAUAACCAUACUAUAACUACAUAUGGGCGCACACAAAACCUCCACCGUAUUGACACGUAGACAACUUGUCUAAUGCACAUUUAAAAAAUACUUUUAGAGAUCAUUUGGAGUUUUGGUUUAUGGCUGUUUUUGUCAUGUCAAACAAAAAACAAAAAGGUAAUAAAAAUACUAAAUAAAAAAAUUGGAAAAGAAAAUACAUUUUUAAGUAAUGACAAUGUGUGUAUAAUUAUAUCCCCCCUGCUUUGGUUUGGUAACCUUGUUUCUUAAAUUCACCAUAAGUGACAUUAACAAACAUUUAUUUUGAAAACAAUUGUUGAUACUAAAGAUUUAUGACGGAUCAAAGUACAUAUACCUGUAUUAUUCCCCCUAAAGAAUGUGGAGUUGUUGUAUCUACAGUGACCAAUAAAGGAUAACAAACAUUAUUUCACGAUCA